AUGCCGCCGCCCGGAAAGAGUGCCAAUGGCUCACGGCCUACCUUGGCCUACGCUACUUCGCCGCCACCCAAAGCAUUGGCAACUGGAGACUACGCACGAGAAGGUCCCCCGGUAAAGCUAACAACCACCGAACAGUUCACUGUCGCACCACCCGCUCCUUCAGAGGAAGUCAACGCCGCCCGUACCCUGCUGUUUGAGGAGCCGCCGCUCAGCGAAUACGCUUCGACGCCGCCGCUUAAGUGUGUUGAAACGAAGCUGCUGCCGGAAGAUCGAGCUGUCGCAUCUGCGACCCAUGCACUCGCCCGGCCCACAAAAUCUCAACAAACCGCCGAACGUUUCACAGCCCUAGAAGAACCUGAGUCCGUUUUGGCCCGUUUGUUUGCUGACCCGACAUCCGAGGAAGUUGACCCUGCGCCACCGGCCUAUAUCCAACAGGAGCUCAACGCCUUGACCACUAAAGCUACGUAUACCUGCAGUUCACGUAGUGGUCAGCACUUACACUGUUUUAUCUUCUUACAGAAGACCGCGGUACGACUGAUCGUAGCCACUGGCGCCUCCGUCUCCCUCCUCAACCGUGGAGACUUUCAGAAACGGUUAACCAGCACUCCGUGCCACGUUGUUCUACAAGGUCCGUCUGCAGAACAGUUCAUCGCCACAGCCCGGGUGUUAGCCAGUCUGGUUAUAGUUGGCCGACCCCUACAACAUGAAUUCCUCUUGGUGGAGGGCAACACCCCGAGCCUUAUGGGCAUCGAUUUUAUGUUGCGUCAACAGGCAUCCGUGGAUCUAAAAGCGCUACACCUCAAAUUUCCUCGCCACCAGAAUUCCGCCUUACAGCAACACCUUUCUGAAAGUCAGCUGCCUAUCACGGGAUAUAUGUCCCGUGGCAGUCUUGGAGGGUGUGCCUUCUCCCAGUUGCCUACUGAGGUAAUCUUGGGCAGUACGGUGGUGAACAAUACGGAGAACUCUACCAUUCUGCACCUACUGAACUCGAGUUCCAGGGAAUGCCGAUUACCAAAUUUCACCAUUUUGGGCCAAGUGGAACCAGCCGAAGUACUGCCGGUCGCUCCAAAGUCGCUGAAGCCCGACAGUACGAAUUGGACGUCGCUGGCACUACCGCCAGAAUUACCGACAAACCUUCACGUGGACUGGCAGAGACUACUCCAACGCUACGAGUUAGUGUUUGCCCAACGGGACGAUGAUAUGGGGCGAACCAACCUUGCCCAUCACACCAUCGACACUGGCCAGGCCCGGCCUAUUAAGCAACCACCACGUCGGGUACCACUUUCCCGGAAAUCGGAGCCCAUGGGCAUCGCCCGUAGUCCUAGUUCAAAAAAAAAGGAUGGAUACACCAUAUUCUGCGUGGAUUAUCGCCGUCUGAACGACGUCACGAAGUCGACACUGGUGUACUUACACGACAUAAUCGUGCACUCCCGCACAGCCGAGGAGCACCUUGUUCAUUUGGACCAAGUAUUCGACCGAUUGGCAACCGCCGGCCUCAAGUUGAGUCCACGUAAAUGUGCUUUCUUCCGCCCCGAAGUGAACUACCUCGGUCACAUUGUGAGCCACAACGGAUUAAAGGCAUGUCCCGAGAAAAUUCAAAAAGUAGUCGAUUGGCCAUCGCCCCGCAACCAGAAAGAGGUACGUUCAUUCGUGGGAUUGUGCUCGUACUACCGCAAGUUCAUCCCAGAUUUUGCGACAAUAGCCCGGCCGCUGCAUCAGUUAACUAAGGCCCGCCGCCCCUUCACGUGGUCCACCGAGGCUCAGGAUGCAUUUGGCCUGCUUAAGGUAAAGCUGACAACGUCACCAGUACUCACUUUCCCAGAUCCCGAUGGCCUGUUCAUUCUCGACACUGACGCAUCCAAUCACGGCGCUGGAGCUGUACUCAGCCAAUGUCAGGAAGGUCAGGAACGUGUUUUGGAAUACUAUAGCAAAACAUUUAACGCAGCAGAGCGCAACUAUUGCGUCACCAGACGAGAAUUGUUAGCCGCCGUUCUCUCCACCAAACAUUUCCAUCAUUAUCUGUACGGAUGA